UCGCGUCUUUUCCCGUGAACAUCUACGAACAUUCAAGAGCUGAAAAAGCAAUAGUGUGGUGUGGAAAUCUCAGUGUUCUGUUUUAAAAUGAAGCCUUUUAACAACCCUUUCGCGACGGUGGCAAUUGUUCUGAUUAGUGUUCUGAACCGCGAUCGUUUGGUAGUCGGCCUUCCCAGUUCGAAGCUGGGUUCCUCACCGGGAUCGUCAUCGUCCAGCGGGUCAUCGGUGGACGGUUCGAAGGAUUUGAAAACCGAUGGAAGCAGCUUCUGGAGUCCGCAGCCGGAGUAUUACCAUGAGCGUGAUCGUUACGGAAGCAGCCGGCCGGGGUCCUCCGAUUUUGUGACCUCGUACGGUAGCGGUGGCAGUUACGAGAACAAAUAUGGCGGAGGUUCAUCCCUGUCGUCAUCGUCGUCGUUUUUCGGCAGCAAGGAUCGAUACAGUCCCUUCAGCACCGGUACAGGUGGAUCGUAUUAUACCUCUGGUGGAGUAUUCGAUAGGAAGCCUUACGGUCAAUCCCAACCAGUAGACUACCCUGUUUACGGGCACGAAUAUGAUGCCCACUACGACUACAACCAACACCAAGGACAAGGACAUGGUUUCAACCUCGGUCAGCACUUCGCUGGAAAGGAUUUCAAAUCGGUCCUGCUUCCGUUGGCUGGUGCCGCCCUGCUCGGAAUCGCUGCCGCUCUGGUGGCCAACCCGGUUCUGCUGCAUCUGGGUGCCUUCGCUGCCGGAAAACGAAAGCGUCGCGACGUCAGUGGCAACAGUGCUCACAAUCUGGCCUACCGGGGACAUCUGCGAGAAGCCCGCCCAUUGUCGGCUCCAAAAGUGUAGAAAACCCCAUGCUCUUCAACGGAGGCAAACCUGCCGAACCGGAACCCCACCCUGCGCUGCCGUGUAAAUGGAUCUUCUUUUGUGUUUGCGUAUGGAAUUAAGCGAAGGCAAUUGCAUCAACCAAAGUGAAGUCAUAUUGCUUGAAACUAGCUCGUUUGGUUGAGUACGAGAAAAGAAAAAAAUCACGAGGCGUUUAAUGCUUCGGCUGUGGCAAAUGAUACCUCGUCUAGUGAUAGGGAGCAUACUCCGAUAUGCGCGAUUUACACACGAUAUUGUGCUAUUUUAGCUUUAAUUGGUCCCCUUCUUAGGUAAGUUACGUAGCAUUAGCUAGUUCAGUAAUUGCAAGACAAAUAAAUUUGUAAGAAAAUGUG